CACAUGUAGGAUUGCCCUGCCUGCCCUGAUCUCCAACAGCACAUCCACCGCUCCCAUUCCUUCUCAUAACCACACGCCCACUACUCCCUCUCAAAUACCUUUGUUGUUCUGCCACCAACUUUACGCAUCACACUCAAUAGCCAGGUAUAUCUCUUUGGGUCCCGAGCUCCUCUCACCCCGAACUAUCGCUUUCACAACCCCACUGCUCUGUUAUAUAUAGCUCCCUGGCACAUUGAACUUGCUUAUGCCCUCGACCCCACUACUUCUAGGCUAAGGAGGAGAGAAAGAGCAGCCCCCUCCGCGAAAAGCGCCCAAAAUGUCGGACUCAAUGUCCUGGGAGUCCAGAUUUCGCACGAGAGAAAUCGCCGCUUGCGAAUGGGAAGGUAUCAGAGGUGUGUUCGAAGAUCUUUACAUAGAGCAGGGCCAAACGCUCAAAAUGAUAAGACAACACCUAGCAGAAGAAUAUGGCUUCUAUGCAAACGAGACACAAUACAAGAAAAAGAUACGAAAAUGGGACAUUCAGAAGAAUCUUAGCCGAGAUAAAAUGGUAGCCAUCGUGCGGUUAUUGGAUCAUCGGACUGCGCAAGGACUUUGCACCAAGUUUUCCUUCAACGGUAAACCCCUCAGUCACGAGAGGAUUGACCGGUCAAGGAAAAGGUUCAAUAUGCUUGGACCCGACGCCCCGAUUGAGGGAGAGAUUGAUUAUGAGAUUGAAGGUGUUGAGUAUUGGGACCCUAAAGCGGAUCCACUAGCGUCGCAACCUGAUGCUGGGUUCCCCGCACAACCAGAACUCCAGGCAUCAGGACAGCCUGCACCGGUGGAUAUGCAGAAAACACAAUCACCACAACUCCCGGAAAUGCGAGUACCAGCCCAUGAUGGUGUUGUAUACGUGGCACAAACGGAAAUUCCCACCACGAGAAAUCCCGAACAAAAUGGAAACGAUGGGGCCGCUUACCAACUGCCAAAUGAUGACGAAUGCUACGCAAAGCCUUCUUCUAAACCCACCCUUGUAAACGUAGGAGGGCUGAAGCAAGCCUCAAAGCGCCGCAGGAGUGACUCCGAUGCUGAUGACACAGUGGAUAAUAGAAAGUCACGCAGGACCUCACGGCACGGUGAUAACGGGGAUCCGUCAGACGCACUCGCUCAACCAGCGAACCUUAUCGACAAAGAUGACGGGGAGGAAAAUGGGAGCUCAAGCAUGCCCACUCCUACCCCUAUCCCUAUGGAACGUCGGAGGUCUCUUUCGAGCACGUCGGGUGAAGCGGGCUCGCCAGGACUUGGGUUUCAGGUUCCCAGUAUACGCAGUGCGGGUUCACCCUCGCCAGAACCGCUACCAUCAGGCCCAAUUUUGGGCGGUGGCUUACCACCGCUGCCGCCUCCUGAGCGACGGGAUUCAAAUAUCUCCUUGCCAUCAUUCUCGGAGCUCGAGGCAUAUUCACCACCACAAUCACUACCACUACAAGCGGGAUUGUCAUCAGGUACAUUACCUCCACCACUAGUCCAAUGGGGCACGAGCCCGCCAUCGCCGGCCGUGGUAUGGGGACCUGGGCAGCCAACACAACGAAAAAGUUCGAUUCUGGCACUGGCGCUGGGGGAAAGUCCCGCACCGAUCUUGAACGAUAUCUAUUGGCCCGAGCCGCCCAGUGCGGGUGACUUCUCGGGAGGUGAUACAGUACAGGGCCCCGGCCCUGCAGAAGUACUCAGUGAACCGAUCACUCGGAACCCGGAGGAUGGACCACUGUCUUGCACUAGCCGGGAGAGUUACGAGGGGGCACCGAGAAAUGAGUAUAUUCCUGGAGCGACCAACGCCGGAGGUUCUAGCCUGCGGUCGUCGUCGCCUCCGUCGUUAAUGUCGCUGACAUCGGUGUUGUCGUCACCCGCUUCGUCACAUCAUUCCCCAUCACUCUCACAACCCCUCCGCCACAAUAGCCCAUCACCCGAACCACCAGCAACCCCGUUCCAGGCUACCAUAUCACAAGAGAUUACCGAGUGGGUCGCUGCAGCCAUCCGCUACUCUACAAAAUCCUGGUGGAAUGAUCUACGGGAUCUAGAAGUCCAGGAAGUCCAGAACCUAAUAAACCGCCUUGGUCGCAAACACCUGGACACUCUCGACGCCGUGAGCGCACUUGCGACACUCUACACCACCACUGGAAAAGACACAAGGGCUAUGGGGCUGCACAAAUACGUUUAUGACCAGCUCCACAAAUUCUUUGGCUCAACGCACCCCCUUACCGUCAGGGCACAGCACAAUCUCGCGGGCGUGUACCUAGCCAAGGGGGACUACCCCGCCGCACUAGCCAUGGCGAAGGAGUCUGUGGAACAUAGUAAAAUCGUGCACGGGGCCGACCAUGCCGAGACCUUAUCCUCACUCGUGCAAUUAGGCCACGUACUAUCGAGGCUAGGGGAAUUGGACAAGGCGAUGCAAAUCGCAAACAGCGUACUAGAAGCGCAGCAGCGGAAGCCGGAGGGCGUAGCGAACCGACACACCACCAUAUCAGCAAACAAGCUGCUCGGCACACUUCUCGAGAAGAAAGGUUGCUACCAGCCCGCCAAGGCGAUCCUAGAGGAAGUCCUCGCCCUCCAGGAGGAGCUAUUCGGAAAAGAUCACCCAGAGACACUCUCCGUCAUGGACUGCCUGGGCACGACAUACCUAUCCCUUGGCGAGCCUGCGAAGUCCGAAGAAAUCCUCCGCCGCACUGUGGACCUCUCGACAGAAAAGCUCGGGGGAAAGCACCCGGACACGCUCUCCUCCAAGCACAACCUUGUCAACGCACUCCUCAAAAGUCGCGACUUUGCCGCGGCGAAGGACCUUGCGGGAACGGUGUACGCCGAAACCCGCCAGGUGCUCGGCGAUGAGCACGUGGAUACCGCGUUCUCUAUGGUGAACCAGGCCUCCGCGCUCAUGGGUAUUGGAGACGUCGCUGGUGCGGUAAAUAUCCUCCGGGCCACCGUGGCUAAAUUGGCUGUCAUCCUUCCCGCUGGGAACUCCCAUGUGCUUUUAGUAAAGGAGAAGCUUGCCCAAGGAUUAGUGGAUUCGUUUAGGUUCCCCGAAGCAGAGAGGGUCAUGCGCGAGGUACUCGUCGAGAGGAGGUGUGCCCUCGGGGAUGCACAUCCCGAGACUAUUCGUGUGGAGGAGUGGUUGGGCAUGUGCCGGGCGAGGAUGGGGGGGGCAGAGGCGGUGGCGGGGAGUGGGGAGAGUGCUGCUACUGCCACUGCCGGUGAAUGGACCGGGAAAGGGGGGGUUUCUCGGGGGGGGUGUCGGAAUGGUGGUAUUAGAGCAAGACCUAGUUGGUGGUGUGGCGGUGGUUAGGGCAUUUUGGCCUUUCCUAUUCUUAUGUUCCUUUUCUUCUUUAUAAACCACCCUUGCAAUGCCCUGUUGUUUCCCCGGCCAUUACAUGAUUAUCUAUUCCACCCCAAGACACUAUUACGAGUACUAUUACCUUUUUCCCUUUUCGCCUUCCUACGUUACUCACGAAGGUGUACUUCUGGACCACGUUACAUAUUAUUAUCCCUCCUCCUACUUUUCCUUUUACUUCUGUAUACACAGGUUCAUCGGGGCGUUGGUGGCUCGCUUUGUUUUGUAUUCUUGGUUGCGUCAUGUCGAUAAAUAAUAAUUUAGUAAAUGAGAGAAAAAAAUUAUCAUCCUACUUUUUAAGCUUU